AACUGGUUAUUGCAGAAUGUCAUGCCUUAAGAAAUGUAUGGCAUCGAAAUCUACUCCCCAUACUAACAGCAUGCUCAAGCAUCCAUUCUAAUGGGAAUGAUCUCAAAGCUCUAGUGUAUGAGUUCAUGCCCCGAGGAGACUUACAUAGAUUACUGAAUUCAGCUCAAGACCAUGAGGGCUCUUUAGACUUCAUACACAUUACAGUGGCUCAAAGGCUAAGCAUUGUUUUGGAUGUAGCAGAUGCGUAUCUACAACAUAACAACCAAGGAACUAUUGUUCAUUGUCAUAUGAAGCCUAGCAAUAUUCUUUUGGAUGAUACUAUGACAACUCAUGUUGGAGAUUUUGGUCUUGCAAGGUUUGUAGUUGAUCCAGCAGCAUCAUCACCAGAUGACUCACACUCGACGUCUUUGAUUGCAAUAAAUGGAACUAUUGGAUAUGCUGCUCCAGAAUGUGCAACACGUGGUCAUGUUUUGACUGCUAGCGAUGUCUAUAGCUUUGGAAAUGUUGUACUUGAAAUCUUCUUACGGAAGAGGCCUACAGAUGGUAUGUUCAAAGAUGGAGUAAACAUUCCAAACUUCGUUGAAAUAAAUUUUCCUGCCAAGAUAUCACUAACCUGCAUGUUUUUGUAUCCUUAUUAUGUUCCGGGGCACACUUAAUUUUCUUUCUAGGUAUUUAUAUGUGGUGAACUAAUUUAUAUAUGACUGUGAAGUACCAUUGUUCUGCUAUCCUUUUGUGUUAUGUUUCACUAAUAUUUUUGCUGGGCCAAAAGUUGUCCUAUAGAUAUGUUUUCCUUAUAAGAUUCUGUGAU